GAAAACAAAUGCAAAAUCGAACAUAAAGCCAAAGAAAAAUAUUCCCCAGAAGUAUAGAGCAGAUCACAAGAAAUAAAAACCCAAACAUACGACAGUGGAAACAGAGAAGGAAAAGUUGACAGUUUUUCUUUCAAAGAAAAAAAAAGAGAGGAAACAAUGGUUUGGAUGGUGAAUCAACAGGUAGGAAGAGGAAGAAGUCGAAUAUGGGGAGUUGCAUUGCUUUGUUGGCUUUUCAUCAUGUUGGUUACUCCAAAGAUCCCACUUUCUUACAGGAACCAUCUCUAUGCUGACAUGCGCAACUUCGUAGGAGUUCCUAACACGUUGAAUGUGAUCACCAAUUUCCCAUUUCUGAUUGUGGGUGUUCUUGGGUUUGUUCUUUGCCUUGGAGGAGGAAGCUUUUUCAAUAUAAGAUUGCCAGGGGAGCUGUGGGGUUGGCUGCUUUUCUAUGGAGGAACUGCAAGUGUGGCUUUUGGUUCUGCUUAUUAUCAUCUCAGGCCUGAUGACAAUCGAGUACUGCUGGACACCUUGCCGAUGAUGAUUGCUUAUUCCUCACUUUUCUCUACUUUUAUACUCGAGAGACUCGGAGAAAGAAUUGGAUUAAGUUGCCUUUUUUCACUAGUAGUUCUUGCUGUUCUAAGCACAAGUUAUGCAAGAACAUUUAAUGAUCUUCGGUUGUGCAUGAUAUUCCAGUUAAUUCCGUGCAUUGCUAUUCCAAUCAUGACAUUUUUGUUCCCACCUAAAUAUACCCACUCUAGAUACUGGCUUUGGACGGUAGGAGUUUUCAUCCUGGCCAAAAUGGAAGCUCUAGCUGACAUGAAGAUAUACCGUGCAAAUAAUUAUAUUAUCAGUGGACACUCCUUGGAGCACCUGUGUUCUGCAAUCGCCCCUGUUCUGGUUACAGUUAUGCUCAUGCAUAGGAGCUGCAGAUUCCCGAGAAAAAGUUAUUGUUUUCUCUUACUUGGUAGUGGAAGUCAUGACAGAUUAGGUGAAAUCAAAGAAUGUCCCUGAUGAAGAAUCCAAAGAGGAUGAAGGCAUUCCUAGGGCAGCAUUCACUGUGAUUGAGAAAUUUUUAUACGAAGAACCAUGGGAGCUGACAACAAAUGAUAUGCUUACCAUUUAGUUCUGAUGAAGAACUUGAUGAAAGUUCUUCUCCCAUGCUUUCCGCAUUACUCUGGAUCCGCAAAGAACAAAGGCAAGUAGAAUCCAUUAACCAUCCACCUUUCCAGAUUUGCACUUUAGACUGAGUUGGUUUCUGGGCGUGAAAUCAUGAUUCGUGACCAUACUAUAAUAUACAUUUUGCUAGCAUGGUGUCUCCCUUUUUGGCCCAUUUUUCAUAGUUUUACCAUACAAGUCUUAUAAUGUGACAUGAAUUACACUGAUUUGGUGACUGUGACAAUGGUAAUGGCCUGUCGAGAACUUAAUGGACAUGCUAGUGAGAGCUUCAUGUAGCAGAUGUCUAAUUGAGAUAUGAACCAUGAAUUGUUACUCUCUCUUUUUUUUUUCUUGGAAAUUCAUGCUCAAAAUAUUGGUACAAGAUUUCCCGGUUUCAUCC